CGACGAUCGGGUUACGUUCAGCAAUGUUUCUAUCAAUAGGCCCACUUGCGACAUUGCGCAAGUCGGCGACGAGCGCACCGCGCAGCCUACUACGAAGUAGACGGGGCUUGCUCACUCUCGCGAUCGAAUCAUCAUGUGACGACACAUCGGUCGCGAUCGUUGAGAAGCAAAGCGACAGAUUAACUGGAGACCGGGCGAAAGUCCACUUCCUAGAGAAUAUCACUGCCGACUCUCGAGCCCACCGUGGUAUUCACCCGAUCCUCGCCCUCGAGUCCCAUCAAGAGAACCUUGCCGAUCUGGUCAAUAAGGCUCUCCAAAGUUUACCGGCUUCGAAUGGCGAAGCCAAUUCGAUAAGACUAGCUGAUGGGUCAAGCCGCCAGCGGCCAGACUUUAUUUCCGCUACGAGAGGCCCCGGCAUGCGCUCCAAUUUGUCGGUCGGGCUGGAUACGGGGAAGGCGCUUUCGGUUGCGUGGCAGAUUCCCAUGGUCGGGGUUCACCAUAUGCAAGCGCAUCUGUUGACUCCUCGUUUGGUGUCGUGUCUAGAAAACUCCAAAGAGUCGAGUUCACCAAACGUCACUUCACCACAAUUCCCGUUCCUGUCCAUUCUCGUUUCCGGGGGUCAUUCGAUCAUAGUUCAUUCCAAGUCUCUCACGGACCACAAAAUCAUGGCCUCCAGCGACGAUAUCGCCAUGGGAGAAACACUGGAUAAAUCAGCCCGAGAUAUCAUACCUCCGGCUCUGCUUCAAGCGGCCCAAACGACCAUGUACGGCAAGACCCUUGAGCAAUUCGUUUUUCCCAAUGGCCCAGCCGAUUUUGCGGAUUACAGACCCCCGAUGACCCGCGGUGAGGAGGUGGUCAAGCGCAAAAGCCGGUGGGGAUGGAGUGUGACGACUCCGUUCGCGAACACCCGGGCACUGCAGCUCAGUUUCUCCUCUGUCGCAAGCAUGGUCGGCAAAAUUAUUAAAAACAAGAAUGGCUGCUUGUCCAACGAAGAGAGGGUCGAUCUAGGCAGAGAAGCCAUGCGUGUCUGCUUCGAGCAUCUUUCGUCCCGCACGAUAAUCGCGCUGGAAGCUCUGCGGCUCAGGCAUAAAGAUGAAGAGAAGAUCAAGACCCUCGUCGUGAGCGGCGGUGUCGCGGCUAACAAGUUCCUUAUGCACGUUCUGCGAUCAUGCCUGGAUGUCCGUGGAUUCGAACAUAUGGAGAUUGUUGCUCCGCCUCCAUACUUGUGUACCGACAAUGCAGCCAUGAUUGGAUGGGCGGGCAUUGAGAUGUUCGAGGCUGGAUGGCGGACUAACUUGAGCUGUCGCGCUAUCCGCAAGUGGACUCUUGAUCCGCAGGCCGACGAUGGUGGAGUCCUAGGCCCUAGUGGGUGGGUUCAAGAUGGAUCGUCCGUGUAAGAUGAUGUAUACUCAGUCUGUAUAUUAGCGAUACCCACAUUGUACAUUAGAGAUGAAGCAUUCUACUCAAGUUGACCAUUUUCCAUGCUGAACCCGUAGGGAAACGUCUUCAUCUUUUGUAGGGGUAUCAUCCCCAAGAAGUAGCGGUACAGACUAUUGUAAAAAGCCGAUACUGUACAAGAGAGCAGCAAGUCAAGCUCUUGAACACAUGACCAUAUACGCCAAUGCACUGUUUUAAGAUAGCCCUCGUGAUUAUUUCAGUGAGAGCAAUGCGAGCUAUUUUCCCAUGCAGGUCCUCCCAUCAUAUCCAUGAAUCCUCCAUAGUAGGGUAUCGAUGAUGCGCCGUUCUAAUUCGUGCAGACAAACCGAGUCCAUAGACCGGCCACUGUGCAAGACAAAAUUUUUUGGAGAAAGAAAAAAGGAUAGUCCUCCAUUUGGAUGGGGAUCAACCGCCGACAGGAGGACCUCCACGCUGGAGAGAGGCGACUUGCUUGCGGAGCUCGAUGAAAAAGUCCUUUCCGUUUGCCAUUGUGU